AUGGACGAGCAGCCUGUCCCAAGUGGACUCUCCCGGCCUGAAUCGAAGAAUCCAACGCCGGAGCGAAAUAUCACGCUCAAGCCUCUACCUCUACCGGAUAGAAAGAAGAAGAAGACGAAAGCCGCCCCACAGCCUCAAAGAGAUGGAAAGGCAGGUCCCGAGAAGUCAAAGAACGGCACGGGUCGCUCGACGAGAGCCGUGCUGUCGAGUGGAAUCCGCAAGGCAGCAAGCAGAAGGGUUGUCCUCGCUUCCUAUUCAAUGAUCACGCGAGCGAAGCGCAGAUCUUUGCCUCUGGGGUACAAACAUUCCAAUUUGUAA